AUGGCUACCCCAGACGGGGACUUUGACGGCAAUGGCUUUGCCAACAAUCUCUUCACUGAUCUGGCACCACUUCUUACAUUGUUUGGAGAGCAAGUCACCAAGCAAUUUCUCUCCAUGAGUAUUGGUUGGGCCGACAGCGUGCUCCUGGCUAUGGGUCCACUUGGUAUUUUAACCAUCAUUGUCGGCGCUAUCCAGGUCGCUGGUGAUCAAGUACCGAUUUUGCACGCGUUAAUUGGAAGAGCUAGAGAAGACAGGGCCAGUGCCGAGGUAGAGCUCCUGUCGUCGACGUCCACCGAAGUGUGCGAACUCUGGACGGGCAGUCGCAUUGUGCGCAUCCGUGGUCAACCUAAAAUGUCCCUAACCUUUUUGAGGACAGACACAGGCGAAAUAUUUCCUAUCACCAGUGAAGAGGACGACGAGAUGUUCCAGAACCCGGAUGAUAUUGGCUUUUAUUCGCCACCUCUAGAGCCACCGCCGAAUCUCAGCCUCAACUGGGCUGCUGUGGGAACUGCACUCCAGACAGCAUCUGUGGUUCUCAGCGGUCUCGCUACAUACAAAUGGAAUUGGUCACAGGAUACGAAUCGCUCCUCAGAUUAUGGCUAUCCGUGUUACUUGGCAGGGACCAUGAUGUUGACUGUCGGGGUCGUGUUGUGUGGACAUCUGGUGGACUCAGUCAGCGAAGAACAAAGCUGGCUUUGUCCACCAGAAAUGCGACGAAACGUCCGCAUCUUUCGACUGCAGUUCGAGGCUACUGUAAAUGAUCAGCAUUUUGGGACUUAUGCCAUAUUCAAUCCCGAGGAUAAUCCUGACCUCCGUUCACCGUCCUACACAGGAACAAACGACUCAGCCAAGGCCUUAUUGAUUAUAGGGGUCUCUCUGGUCACCGUGGGCUUUGUGGUUCAGUUUGUGGGUCUAAGGGGGUUGCAUUGGUCGGCCGCAAUCAUCCAACUUGCCGUAACAUUACUUAUGACUACUGUCAGAGCAUAUAUCAGAAAAGACGUUGCCAAGGGACUUUCCUCCAUUCACUUCGAACGGUUAGAUGACUGCUGGACUUUCUUGAUCUUAGGUGUCACCAGUCAGAGCGAGUCUGAUGAACUCAAUGACAGCCAGGUGCAACAGCUGUAUGGUGAGCAAUGGGGUGUAAUUGCCGGCCUUGUCAACAAGGAGGAUAGAAACUCUCAAACUCCAUCCUACCUCGUCAACCCUCGAUACUAUGGCCCCCUUCUCCGCAGUAUAAAUAAUCCGCUCAGAGAUAACAACACAAUUUCGCCGGUUGCAUAUCAGCUUUCCAGCACUAUUUUUAGGGCGGUCAAAUACGAUAAUACAACGAGCCGCGGCACGAUUGUUGAUUUCCUAUUAAAUCUUUGGAUGGGAGCUCCAGCCUUGCGAGCACCUGAUACUCAACACAGGACAUUUGCUGAAGGUUUGACAAAGGCUUUUUGGCUAAUUAUCGACUUGCUAAACAUCGGGAGUCAACUGCCAUUGAGCAAUGUUAGAUGGAAGUCAAAGUCCCCCUUGCACAACUUCUUGUUUGGUGCUCAAAUUCAACUGUGGUGGAUGUUUGACUGUCAAUUGAACAGUCGCCCUCCCGUAUCUAAUGAAGAUCACCAGUGCCACCCAUCAAGGAUUAUAUUUCCUUGGCGAAGGAGGCGAGGUUGGUACGGAGAGAGCGUAGGUAUCGGAGAUGUGUUUGAAGCCCUCUUGGUAGUUUCCACCUACGUCAGAUGGGACAUCCAUCGUACGACAACAGACAAGCGCGUUAUAAGCAGCUCUACAAGAUACAGAACUGCUAGAAACGCCAGUAGCCUGCCCGAUUGGCUUGAUCAGGCAACGUUUCAGGCAUAUCCAAACACCGACAUAAACUGUACAUCUGAUGGCUACGCCAGGGAACCAUCAUGUUGGGGAAUGUUUUUAUCAUCGUAUGCGAGGUAA